GCGGCUUCUUCUUCAGUCUGCCCACUUCUUUCUGCGUCUCAAUUGAAAAGCUUCAGGCUUUUGUGUUGAGACCAUCCGAAACCUCUCGGGAUCAUGGCAGCCAGUACUACUACGACCGCGGCGCCCCCGCGCCAGCUAUCGCAGAAGGAGGCUGACAUCCAGAUGAUGUUAGCCGCGGAGGUCCACCUUGGGACCAAAAAUUGUAACUUUCAAAUGGAGCGAUACGUCUUCAAGCGACGCAAUGAUGGCAUUUACAUUAUCAACCUUGGGAAGACUUGGGAAAAGCUUCAGCUUGCUGCUAGGGUUAUUGUUGCCAUAGAGAACCCUCAGGAUAUUAUAGUUCAGUCUGCCAGGCCUUAUGGUCAGAGAGCAGUUCUUAAGUUUGCUCAAUACACAGGAGCUCAUGCACUUGCUGGGAGGCACACUCCCGGAACGUUCACAAACCAGCUCCAGACAUCCUACAGUGAGCCUCGCCUUCUCAUUUUGACUGAUCCAAGAACAGAUCAUCAGCCCAUUAAGGAGGCUGCCCUUGGAAAUAUACCGACUAUUGCAUUCUGUGACACUGAUUCUCCAAUGAGAUAUGUUGACAUUGGUAUUCCUGCCAACAACAAGGGAAAGCACAGCAUAGGUUGUCUCUUUUGGCUGUUGGCAAGAAUGGUUCUGCAGAUGAGGGGCACUAUUCGUCCAGGGCUUAAGUGGGAUGUGAUGGUGGAUUUAUUCUUCUACAGAGAACCUGAGGAGACCAAGCAACAAGAGGAAAAUGAAGUGCCUGUUACUCAGGACUAUGCUCUUACAGACUUCAGUGCUGCUGGUGUUGCUACUGAUGACCAGUGGCCUGCUGCUGCCGAUCAGCCCUGGCCGACUGAGACAACUCCACAGCCUAUUUCUGCAGCUCCUGCUGCCAAUUGGGCUGCAGAUGCUGCUGGAGAAUGGGUAUCCGCACCACCUCCCCAAGCUCCUGUCCAACAAAUUCCUACCCCCGGAAUUGAGAAUGUGGCUGCCACCGGCUGGAAUUAAUUUUCAGGCGUUUUUUAUGCUGGGAGUAAUUUUGUUGGUUAGGACUCAGACAUGUCUUCUUUCUCUUGCAGUCCUGAUAUUUUGUCGAGUAUAUUCUGUUCUUGAAGCGUUUAGCCGCAAGAAUUUAUCUUUUUAUAGCCAGUUUUUUCAAAUGUUUGAUAUGGGUUUAUCACUGCGGUCUAAAAAGAUUGCAUCAUCAAUCGUGUUGAAUUAUUAUAGUUGUGACUGUUGAAAGUGUUUAAGAGUAGAAAUUGAUUUUGCUGCUUAAAC